CACUCGAGGGACGGUUAGUGUGUGAUAUUGAUCAAGACAACGUGCAAAAAGUGGAAAUAUAUAUACAAAAGAACAGAAAAAUGAGUUCCUAAGAGUUAAACUGAGUGUACAUGUGUGUGCAGAGAGUAUAGCCAGAGACUUCUAUGUCUACUUACACAUGAACAGAAAUGAUCUUGAGGAAGUGUAGAAACGUAACUUAAUUUAAUGUAAUGUAACCUAACGACUGGACAUCAAGACAAAGUGUGGAAAUGGUGUUGAAAAUAAGGUGUACUUAGAAAAUACUGGACAUUGGACAUCAGGAAUUGAGAAUGCAUUUGUAAGGUUUAAGUGUUGAAAAGUGAACUGAAAAAAUAUAUUGGAUAAAAAUCUAAAUAUCUUUGUAUAUUAAACAUUUAAAAGUAGACUCAGAAUUGAACGCAAGAAUCGAAUAUUGUUCUCCUGGUGUAAAUGUUGAAAUAUUGCUCUCAGUAUUUCAAUAUAAUUUUGCAAGUGUUUAGUAUCAGAAAUAAAGUUUACACAUUGAGAAAAAGAAAUUGUACUCUGGAAUUAGAUACGGUUCUGUGAGUGUUAAGUGUUGAAGAAGCGUACUUUUAAGACUGGACACAAGAAUCUAAUAUGAUUUUGUAAAUGUUAGAAAGAAAAAUUGAACUUAAAGGAUUGGAGAGAGGAACUAAAUAUGAUGUAAAUGUUGCGUGUUGAAAAAGUGAACUGCAAAGAUUGGACGCAGGAAAUGAAUAUGUUUUGAUAAGUGUGGCGUGCUGGAGUGCUUUAGAGUGAGUGUGACGCGGGCAGUGAUGGCGGAAGGGCUCUAAGACAAGUACGGUGACGGGCGAAGGAAAGAGGGUGGCAGUGAGGCAGUGACGGGCAAGUGACGCCGCCUCACCUGUGUUGAGGGCAAGUGACGCCAUUGUUUCGUCAGCCCUCGAGGAUGACGCGGGUCACCCUGCUGCUCUACACCCUCACCCUCGGCGCCAAGGUGGUGGUGGUGGCGGGGGACGAGCAGGAGUACCGUCUCACUCGCUACCUCAUGGCCAACUAUGAUCCCUCCGUCAGGCCAGCCAGGGACUCCUCGCAGGCCCUCUCUGUGGUGUUCGGCGUGGCCCUGCAUAGUAUUAUCGACGUGGACGAGAAGAACCAGAUCCUCACCACGAACUGCUGGCUGACGCAGGUAUGGAAUGACGUGCACCUUACCUGGAACGCCUCUCAUUUUGGCGGCAUCCAGGUGAUCCGCGUCCCUUUCCAGCGUGUGUGGAAGCCAGACAUCAUUCUUUACAACAACGCGGACGCCCAGUACUCUGCCGCCACCAUCAACACUAACGUGAUAGUCACCUCGAGCGGGGAGGUGACGUGGCUGUCUCACGGCAUCUACAAAUCCUCUUGUGACAUGAACGUGGAGUUUUUCCCCUUCGACGUUCAGUCCUGCAAGAUGAUGUGGGCGUCCUGGACCUAUGACGGCUACCAGCUGGACCUCAUAAAGCAAAUGGACACAGGGGACAUGUCCAACUAUCAGUCCAAUGGGGAGUUUGACCUGGUGGAGUUUACGGCAGCCAAGAACAUCACCUACUAUUCGUGUUGCCCGGAGCCUUACCCGGACAUCACCUUCACCAUCAAGCUCAGGAGGCGCCCAAUGUUCUAUGUGUUCAACCUCAUCCUGCCCUGCGUGCUUAUCAAUGGCAUAGCCUUGUUGGUGUUCUACGUGCCGAGCGAAUCCGGAGAGAAGGUGACUCUGGGCAUCUCGGCACUGCUCUCCAUGACUGUCUUCCUCAUGACCAUCAGAGAGUCCCUGCCGCCCACCGAGAAGACCCCGCUCAUUAGUAUGUACUACGGGGUGUCCAUCUGCCUGGUGAGCUUCGCGUCGGGCCUGUCGGUGCUGACUCUCAACAUCCACCACCGAGGCGUGAGGGGGAUGGAGGUGCCGGGGUUGGUGCGGGUGGUGGUGCUUGGUUGGCUGUCCAAACUGGUGUUCCUGCACUUCGAGCCUCCCGUGGUGCUGCCCCAGGAGGAUAAGAACGUCCAUGUUAACGACCUUAGGCCAGAGCGAGGCGGAGGCAUCAAGCUCACUUCCCUUAGCCCAGACAAGCUGCACAUGACAGAGGUGGAGAGCGUGGAUCACUUCAGUGUGUCGCCUCGCUUCCAUCCACACCGCCUCUACGCACCACAGGCUCCCAACAACGACACUACCACCACCGCCUCUCCAACCACCGGCACCACCACCACCGCCACCACGCAGCUGCCCUCCCAAACUACUGACUUCGAGCAGCAGUUCAUGCGGGUACUGAACAAAGUGUACCAGACCAUUGAGAAGAAUGAGAUGCGUCUGGGCGAACAGGACCGGAAGGAGGCGACCCGUGUGGAGUGGCAGCAGGUGGCGCUGGUGUUCGACAGGUUCCUGCUGGCUUGCUUCCUGCUGUCCACGGUCAUUGCCACUACAACCAUCCUCUUCUCCUCCCCGCACGGCCCCUGACGCGUCUUGCUGGAGAAUUUUGGGCACUAUUCUCCUGACGCUCCCCAAGACUAGUAGCGAUUUGGGUUUUACGAGAAUAAGGAGGGAAGGGAAA